AUGGAAGCUUACCAGUGCUUCUUUCUACUCCAUAUGUCUACUAUUUGCCUUCUAUGUGCAACCACACAGCUACAAGAAGAGGGGCACAAUUGUACUGAAGAUGUCAGGUUCAUCAAUUGUUCUGGCAAGGGUCUCAUCACUCUGGUGGGUGGGGUCCCUCCUACUGUGGAGCACCUGGAUCUUUCCAAAAACUCAGUGACAGAGAUCCAUGCUGGGUCCUUCCGAUCCAUGUGGAGCCUGAAGGUGCUCCUUCUGAAUGACAACAACAUCAGCGCUCUUGCUGAUGGCACCUUCUGCUCCUUGGAGAGCCUCCAGAGGCUGGACCUGAGCCACAACAGGAUCUCCAUCCUGAGUGCUGGCUUUUCUCUGGGCCUAGGCUCCCUGAAGGAGCUGCUGCUGGGGCAGAACCGGCUCACGGGCUUGGAAAGUGGAAGCUUCCUCUACCUGGAUGGCCUGAGGAGGCUCGACCUGAGCGCCAACGCCAUCCGAACCAUCCACGUGCGCGCCUUCGGCGGAAUGACAGCCCUGCGCAGGCUGCACCUGCAGGACAACCGGCUCGAGUUCCUGGGCGGUGGCAUUUUCUCCACACUGCGCUCACUGGAGGUGCUCGACCUGCGGGGAAACCUCAUCGACGCUACCGAGGGAGGGGUCUUCACGCCCCUCGCUAGCCUGGCCACGCUAGACCUAGCCCACAACCGCCUCAGCUCCAUCCGCUUCAGGACCCUGUUGAGCAUCCCCAGCUACAGCACCCACAUCCUGCUGGGAGGAAACCGAUGGCACUGCGACUGCGACCUGCAAAGGGUGUUUCGCAAGCUGCGCAGCGUACAGAGGCUCUUCCUGGACGACUACGCCACCCUGAGCUGCGCAGAGCCUCCCGAGCUGCAGGGCUACCGGCUUGAGGAGGUCGACUCACAGCUCUGCGUUGCGGAGACAGUAACCGUGCUCAUCAUCACUGUUACCGUAGUAAUCACUGUGGUGGCCGCCAUCGUCAUGGCAGAGAAAAAUAAAUUGAGGAGUGCACACAGAUUUUGGAGUGAGGGCAAUUAUGGUCUUGAAGGAUACUGUUAGACAUUCAGGUGUAUUAUACCUGAAUUGGAUGUGUGCUAAAG